AUGGCCUCUCCUCAGCAAGGGAUUGUCAAAGGACGCAGUUCCACAACCCGCGAUCCUGUCACACCUAGUCCGGGCUCCAUACGUCUGCUCCUGCAUGUCGACAGCGUGAAGGGCUCUCCAGAUGGUGGCAUAGCUCUUGAACCGUCAGAUGGCGCACACACCAGUUUGACUACAAACAACAUCUUCACCGACCAUGGUUUUGCACAGCCAAUACGGGUUGCCCCAAAGCUACUAGGGCCAGAUGACUUUCUGAAUUCGCCUACCAAACAGGCAAACAUUCGGGUCCGGCGAGCGAACAAUGGUUCAACACUGCUGCAAUCCCCAGCUCGUGCGGAACAUGCUGCACGGAUGAGACAGAUCUUCGAGGACGCCAGUCGUGACCGCAUAUCGCCUCAGAGUGGGCAGAGUGUAUUAUACCCCCAAUUGCCAAAUAUCUCAAGGAAAGCGUCACCAACAAGGGAGUACGACGGAGAUGAACGACACUGUACUCUCACAUCAUCUCCGAAACGUCCUUCGGAGUCUUUGUGCUUAUCGACAAGCUCAUCUCGGAUAGUACAACAUAAGCUACAGCUAAAGAGCCCUCAUAUAUCCGAGCAGAGUUCAGAGUCGUGGUCCGAUGACUCAGGUUACUUCAUUGCGGGCUCUCGAAGCCGCACUUUCAGUCUCACUGGCCCGCCUAGGGACCGAAUCAACGACUGGCUAACAAACGUAGCUGAAAGCGAAUGGAAUACACCCACUGUGAAAGAUGAGAUGGAAUGCCAGUCCAGCAGUUUCUUAUCACUACUACCACCACCCCCUAAACUCACUGACAUCGAUCUCCUCCAUAAGAGUGCCGAACAGUUGCCCACUCCAAUCUGCGACGCAACUAUACAAGACCCGUUCCUUGAUUUCGACACUAAUCCACGUACCCCCUCACUAUUCAAGUCUCUUCCCGCACGGCGGUUUCCUAACACAUCUUCGUCCAAACCUCUCACAACUCAAACUCAAGCUCAGUCUACGGAAACCGUCACUGUCCGCUCCCGCAACUCCCCAGCAAGACAGUCAAUCAUCGAAGACGGCGGCGUCCAACUCAGCCUUCUUAGUCCCAACGUGUGCAUCGAACGCGGUCCCACGCGCUAUCAUUCUGCGCGUACAUCACCAAUAAAGGAAAGGCGAGUCAGGCGGUACAACGAGAAUAGGAAUGAGGAUGGCGGCAUCGAGCUGGCACAGACAGAGGCAGGAGUACAGGACAGUCCGCUUGCGCCAUGCAAGAUCGGUGCCGGGACUAGGUUCCAACAUCCUAGACAUGGUGUACGAGGUUUUGGGGGGGUUGGUCGAUAUCUGGAGCAGUAA